AUGAAACUCUUCGAAUCUGACGCAGAACCAGGCGUCUCCGACCGCUCCUCCUCUGAACUCGAUCACAUAGCCACCACUACGACAAACCGAAAAGCCUCCUAUACAACCGCGAGCACCCCAACUCCCUUUCCCACACAACGGCAACACUCGUUCGUCCCGUCACAGCGCGAAUCACUCACUGCUGCAGAACGCGCACGGCGGAACCUCAAUGCUAAGCUCGCAAACCCCCUUGCUGGUCUCAGCCAUGCCACGCUCAUGAAACGCGGCGGCCGCUAUGCCCGCCAGCACCAGAUCGGCGACGAGGAGGAUAUCCGCGCCUUUGAACUAGGCGCGGUGCUGGCGCAGGCGCCGGAGAAAUAUGAAAGUGUCCAGGGUUUGACGGAGAAGGAGCUGGAGGUGCUCAGGAAGGAGUUUACGAAUCGGUGGUCGCAGCCCGGUCUUAUGUAUCUGGUUAUCAUUCUUUGCUCGCUCAGCGCGGCCGUUCAAGGGAUGGACGAAUCCGUCGUCAAUGGAGCCCAGAUCUUCUACAAAUCCCAAUUCGGCAUCGGCGGCCUCGACCCACGCUCAACAUGGCUCGUUGGCCUCGUGAAUGCAGCUCCGUAUCUGUGCUGCUCCCUAAUAGGCUGUUGGCUUACGGUCCCCUUUAACCACUGGUUCGGCCGGCGCGGCACAGUGUUUAUUACCUGCUGUUUCUCCGCUAUCGCGUGCUUUUGGCAAGGCUUCGUGAACUCAUGGUGGCAUUUAUUCAUCAGUCGCUUUGCCCUAGGGUUCGGAAUCGGCCCCAAAUCAGCCACAGUGCCCAUUUAUGCUGCAGAAACAACCCCACCAGCCAUUCGUGGUGCGCUGGUUAUGCAAUGGCAGAUGUGGACUGCCUUCGGCAUCAUGCUCGGCUACAUGUCUGACCUUGUCUUCUUCGAGGUGCACGACACUCCCACCGUGACUGGGCUAGGGUGGCGUUUGAUGUUAGGCUCCGCCAUGUUCCCUGCCAUGUUGGUAUGCACCUUCGUUUUCGCCUGUCCCGAGUCCCCCCGCUGGUAUAUGAGCAAAGGUAGCCAUUAUAAAGCAUACCGAUCUAUGUGUCGUUUGCGCUUUAUGAAAGUACAGGCAGCCCGCGACCUGUUCUACAUGCACACUCUGCUCGAGGCGGAGGCGACCAUGAAGUUGGGUCAAGCCAAGAUUCUUGAAUUAAUCACCGUCCCGCGCAAUCGACGUGCACUAAUCGCCUCCGAAAUUGUCAUGUUUAUGCAACAGUUCUGUGGUGUAAACGUAAUAGCCUACUACUCCUCCGAAAUCUUCCUGGACGCUGGCUUCUCUCAAAAAGCGUCUCUAGCCGCCUCCUUCGGCUUUGGAGUUAUCAAUUGGCUCUUCGCAAUCCCAGCUAUCUACACAAUCGAUACAUUCGGCCGUCGCAAUCUCCUCCUCGUCACCUUCCCGCUCAUGGGCCUGUUCCAGUUGCUGACGGGGUUCUCCUUCUGGAUCCCCACCGACGGCUCUGCCACCAUGCGCAGAGCCCACACCGGCUGCGUCGCGCUGGGUAUCUAUCUCUUUGGCAUCGCAUACUCUCCCGGCGAAGGUCCCGUACCCUUCACUUAUUCGGCCGAGGCGUACCCGCUCUACGUGCGUUCGCAUGGCAUGGCGCUGGCGACGUCGACGACGUGGUUUUUCAACUUCAUGCUUGCGAUUACGUGGCCGAGUUUGAAGCAUGCGUUUAAACCGCAGGGUGCGUUUGGGUGGUAUGCAGGUUGGAAUAUUGUUGGAUUUUGCCUUGUGCUGCUGUUCAUGCCGGAGACGAAGGGGAAGACGCUUGAGGAGCUGGAUCAGGUGUUCUCGGUGCCUACAAUGGUGCAUGCUAAGUAUGGGGUGGCGGAGCUUGUGUAUGUUUUCCGCAAAUAUUUGUUGCGGCAGAAGGGGUUGAAGAAGGUGGUGCUUUUUGAGAGGGAUGACGGGGGCAGUGAGAAGAGAAGGGCUGACAGUGGGAGCACGGGUGGCAAUAUUGAUAUGAAGGCUAUUGUUAAUGGGAGGGGGGUGGAGUUGAGUGAUGAGGGGAGGUUGGAGAAUGGAUAA